AUUAAGUUCUGACAAGAGUUUCAGUCGCCCGUUUUAACGUAUCAAAUAAACAAUUUUAAUGUUUUUGAUCGCCGGUUUGCAUCGAAUAGCACUUUCUCUGCACAGCUGCUCUUUUAAAUAGAUCCAGAGUGACGGUUUUCCCCGGAAAAGGGGCACUUUUGACAUGGAGUCUUUUCAGAAAGUGGAGAAGAUCGGAGAGGGAACAUACGGAGUGGUUUAUAAAGCCAAAAAUAAAGUUACAGGAGAAACUGUCGCGCUGAAGAAAAUCCGAUUAGAUACGGAAACUGAAGGUGUUCCCAGCACUGCCAUUCGUGAGAUCUCUCUGCUAAAAGAGCUCAAUCACCCUAACAUAGUCAAGUUGCGUGAUGUGAUACACACUGAAAAUAAACUUUACUUGGUGUUUGAGUUUCUUCACCAAGACCUGAAGAGGUUUAUGGACUCGACGUCUGUCAGUGGCAUAUCCUUGCCACUCGUGAAGAGUUACCUAUUCCAGCUGCUCCAGGGAUUGGCCUUCUGUCACUCCCAUCGGGUUCUUCACAGAGAUCUUAAACCCCAGAAUCUCCUCAUCAACGCUCAGGGCGAGAUCAAACUGGCUGACUUUGGUUUGGCCAGAGCGUUCGGUGUACCUGUGCGGACUUAUACACAUGAGGUUGUAACUUUGUGGUACAGAGCUCCAGAGAUUCUCCUGGGAUGUAAAUAUUAUUCUACAGCUGUUGACAUCUGGAGUUUGGGCUGCAUCUUUGCUGAAAUGAUUACUCGGAGGGCACUGUUUCCUGGAGACUCUGAAAUAGAUCAGCUCUUCCGGAUAUUUCGAACUCUGGGCACUCCUGAUGAGUCUAUAUGGCCUGGAGUUACAUCAAUGCCAGACUACAAACCCUCCUUUCCCAAAUGGGCUCGACAGGACCUGUCUAAAGUGGUGCCCCCCCUUGAUGAAGAUGGCAGAGACCUUCUCGGGCAAAUGUUGACCUAUGAUCCAAACAAGAGGAUCUCGGCAAAGAACGCUCUUGUUCAUCGGUUUUUCCGCGACGUCACCAUGCCAGUGCCUCCUUUACGCCUAUAAAACGAGAUCAACUUUGGCAAGACGGGACUAAAAGUUUCACACAAAACUUUUCUGAAAAUGAUUUCCCAGUUUGGAAAUCGUUCGGUUUUAUAAUCGAUUUGUACGCUCGUUUUCCUAAAGUCACUCUGGGUUUGUUUUAAUCUGAAGAUUAUCCAUUGCAACCUGUCACUGGAAAAAAAACAGCUGUGCUAAUAGUAUGCGUGUGAUUAAAAUGACUCGGAGGAUGUAAAUUUGCAUAAAGCAGACGUGAUGUUACUAACAUAACUUUAGUUCGGAGAUGACAUUCCAUGGUUAUAUUGCUGAUAUAACUUGUGACGUUGUAUUGCUUAUAUCACACAAGUACAUAUCGCAUUGAGCGCUUCGUCUAGCCUUAGACUGAAUGAAACUGUUUAGACUCCCUGUAUCUUUUUGCUGCUUUAUUCCAAGAUUAUAUUAUUAUAAUUAAAGAUUUUAAACCUAAUUUGCUUUUAAAGUUUCCUAAAAAUAGUUCUCUCUGCAUCUUCAUCCAUUAAACUCGUAUAACAUUUGGUUUAUGUUGUUA